AUGAGUUUACUGGGCGCGUUUUUCGCAUACGCGGGGCUGGUCGUGGUGCUGGUGGGGCGGGUGGUGGUCAAGCUGCUGAGCAUGGGUGCGGCUCCAUUCGCGGGACUGAACCAGAGCGUACUGGGCAAGCCCCAGGUCGAAGUGCCAGACGCGGACAAGCAGCUGCUGGGGGCCGAAAGCGUCGACGAAGCAGUGCACAAGGACCUCGUGGACGAGUGGGUCGACGUGUCGGACGAAGAAAACUGGGAGCCUGGCGCGCGCAACCUGCUGGAUGACGCCCAGAAGCCAAACCACGAAGCCCCCGAGUCCUGCACGGAGGACGAGCUGAUCGAGCUGAGCGACGGAGAAGAGAUGCGCUCGCCGAUCUCGUCCCUCUACCCGGUCAAGCGAAGCAGCUCCUCGCUCUCCAACCACGUCUCCGAGACGGUCUCCGCUCCAACAGCAUUGGCCAACACUACAGCAACGCCGCUCCUCUGA